CGUAUCUAAUGACGUCAUAAUACGCCCUUGUAAAACGGUAUGCGAGGACAGCCUUGUAACCACCUCCAAUAUCCGAUAUCUUACCAGUGGAUAAUGCCGCAGUCUCCGCCGGGUAAUGGUGCGGCAUCAGCAGUACAAGAAGACCCAGGUCCGCUCUGCUACAUUUUGAAACCAUCACUAACACGGACCUACACACCAGAGGCAGCAGCAACAACAGCAGCAGCAACAACAACAGCAGCAGCAGUCUGCAAGCAAGCGCAGCCAAAACCUCAUUCAGGACUGCCAACGUGUGACUUGGCGAAACAAGAACCAAUGGCAAUGAGCAGAAACUGUGUUCAAUCAAAAUCACACUCAGAGCUAGAAUUAUUGAUGCAGCCAGAUUUAGAGCCAGAUGCCAUAAACUCUAAGAGAUGCUGGCAGAAAAUAGACUCGGCAACGAGGCGGAUAUCAUACAGUUGGGUGCAUCCCGAGCAGGAGCCCAAGGAGAUAAUGCACAGCGGGGUGACUUGCGAGUGCGAGCUAUGUACAUCGGCGAUACAUUUCAGUUGGGUGGACCCAAAGACUGUAACCUACUGCCUGUCUAAGCGGAGACCCGACACAUCGGAGAGCAGCUCUUGCAAAUACUGAAACAGAACUCGUGUUGGGUUAUUAUGAACAUUGGGUUUUGUUUGUUUUUUCUGUGUUUUUUUUAUUUUAUUUUUAAUUUGGAGAAUCGUGUCAGGUAAAUAUGAAAAUGUUGCCAGUAUAUCACAACAUGUAUUUUUUGUACUACAUUGUUUCUUUGAUUUGGAGAAUCGUGUUUGGUAAUUAUUGGUAAUUAUGAACAUGUUGCUAGUAUACCACAACAUGUGUUGUUAUUUUUCUACAUUGUUUUCUGUUUUUUUAAUUUGUUCAAUCAUAUCAGGUAAUAUAUAAAAAAAUUGCCAGAAUAUCACAACAUGUAUUUGUUGUUGUAGUCUACAUUGUUGUUUUUUAAUGUCUAAAAACGCGUUAGGUAAUUAUAAACAUGUUGCCAGUUUAAAAAAAAUUGUUUUUUUUUUUUUUUUUUUUUUUUUUUUUAAUUUUUAAUUUGGAGAAUUGUGUCAGGUAAUUAUAAAAAUAUUUUUUGUACUACAUUGUUUCUUUGAUUUGGAGAAUCGUGUAUGGUAAUUAUGAACAUGUUGUCAGUAUUCCACAACAUUUGUUGUACGUUGUUGGUUUUUAAUUUGUUCAAUCGUGUUAGGUGACUGAACAUGUUGCUAGUAUACCACAACAUGUGUUGUUAUUUUUCUACAUUGUUAUUUGUUUACUUAAUUUGUCCAAUCGUAUCAAGUAAUUAUAAAAAAAAUGUUGCCAGAAUAUCACAACAUGUAUUUGUUGUUUUAGUCUACAUUGUUGGUUUGUAAUGUCUACAAACGUGUUAGGUAAUUAAGAACAUGUUGCCCGUAUACCACAACAUGUGUUUGCUGUUUUCUACAUUGGGUUUUGUUUGUUUGUUCUGUUUGUUUUUUGUUUUUUUUUAUUUGAAGAAUCGUGUCAGGUAAUUAUGAAAAUGUUGCCAGUAUAUCACAUGUAUUUUUUGUACUACAUUGUUUCUUUGAUUUGGAGAAUCGUGUAUGGUAAUUAUGAACAUGUCAGUAUACCACAAUAUUUGUUGUACGUUGUUGGUUUUUAAUUUGUUCAAUCGUGUUAGGUGAUUAUAAACAUGUUGCUAGUAUACCACAACAUGUGUUGUUAUUUUUCUACAUUGUUUUUUGUUUUUUUAAUUUGUCCAAUCGUAUCAGGUAAUUAUAAAAAAAAAAAUGUUGCCAGAAUAUCACAACAUGUAUUUGUUGUUUUAGUCUACAUUGUUGGUUUUUAAUGUCUACAAACGUGUUAGGUAAUUAUGAACAUGUUGCCAGUAUACCACAACAUGUGUUUGCUGUUUUCUACAUUGGGUUUUGUUUUGUUUUGUUUUUUAAUUUGGAGAAUUGUGUCAGGUAAUUAUGAAAAUGUUGUCAGUAUACCACAACAUGUAUUUUUCGUACUACAUUGUUU